GCAUUCCAACCAUUUCUCAUACUUUUGAAUAAUCUUCAUUCUCAACCUUUCUAUCUUCUGUUUUUAUUUUUAAUUUUUGUUUUAAUUUUGGUUUCUAUUCAAAAAACACCAUUAACAACCAAAGCAUUAACACCUUUCUUUAACCUUUUUUUUUUUUUAAAAAAAAGAGAAAAGAUAAUAAUUUAAUCUUGAUAUACAUUUGGCAUUGGCAUUGGCAUUGUCAUUCACAUUCACAUUCACAUUCACAUCUUUAUAUCUAUACCUAUACCUAUACCUAUAUCUUACUCUUGUUCUUUUCUUAACAGAAGAAAAAAGAAAGAAAAAAGUUGUUUGUUGAUCAAUGUCAGUAAUUGAAAAGUCUGGAUCUGUUCAAUACGAGCAUCAGGUCCAUGUGCAGCAUGAGGACGACAUCUCACCCGAACUUGCUGCCUUGAUAUUGACGGAUCCGAGCACUGGUCUGUCGUCAAGUGAAGUAGCCGAGCGCCAGGAGCAAUUUGGCCGGAACGAGUUACCGGAACCCAAGUCAAAUCGACUGUUGAAAUUCUUUGGUUAUUUUACCGGCCCAAUAUCAUAUCUCAUCGAAAUCUCAUGUAUCAUUGCUGCUGUUGUGGGCGACUGGAUCGACUUUGGAAUCAUUCUGGGCCUAUUGCUUGUCAAUGCGGUCAUUGGCUACAUUGAAGAAUCCAAGGCCGAGUCGGCGCUGGAUGCCCUGCGACACACCUUGGCUCUCAAGACACGUUGUUGGCGCGACAGUGAGUUGCGCGAGGUGGACGUAUCAGAACUAGUGCCUGGAGACGUCAUAGUGCUUCGGAUUGGCGAUAUCGUACCUGCAGAUGCCUGUCUGCUCGGCAUGGGCGUCAAUGGUGAAAAGAACGAAGGAGAGCUGAUGAUCGAUCAGUCGGGCCUGACAGGCGAGUCGCUUCCGGUCGCCAAGGUCAAGGGCAACACAGUCUAUUCGUCAAGUAUCAUAAAGCAAGGCCAGCAGCUGGCUGUGGUAACAAAGACCGGCAACAACACAUUUAUCGGCCGUGCCGCUAAUCUCAUUGCCAUCACAGUCGAAGAAGGUCACUUUCAAAAAGUGAUUGGAAAGAUCGGAAGCGUCCUGAUAUGGUCAACCGUUGUUCUGGUCUCGAUUGUGUUUGUUUUCCAGAUGGUCAAGUACAACGGCACGCCUCAGGGAAACUGGAAAAUGGUGCUCGAGAACUGUUUGGUCUUGACUGUGGCAGCCAUUCCAGUCGGAUUGCCGACAGUUAUGAGUGUCACGAUGGCAAUUGGAGCCAAGCAGCUGGCUGCAAAGCAGGUGAUUGUGAAGCGUUUGACAGCUGUCGAAGAAUUAGCGUCCGUGUCCGUGCUGUGUUCUGAUAAGACGGGAACCCUGACCUUGAACGAACUUACGUUUGAUGAUCCUUGGCUGACCAAUGGAUACACCUCUGACGAUAUCCUCUUGUACUCAUUCCUGGCUGCCGAGACGGGUGCAAACGAUCCAAUCGAGUCAGCCGUGCGCCGUGCAGCCGAAGCAAAUCUGCCCAUUCUUCAGAACCGAUCCGACAAACGCGGCAUUCCAGGCUACAAAGUCACUGCCUUUCUGCCUUUCAAUCCAGACACCAAGAUGACCCAGGCCACCAUUCUCGACCUGACGACUCAGCAGACAUUCUGUGUUGCCAAGGGCGCACCCCAGGUUAUUACCAAACUGGUCGGAGGGGACAACGCUGCCGUUCAUGCUGUAAAUUCACUUGCCCGUCGGGGUCUGCGCGCAUUAGGUGUGGCCAGGACCGUGCCUGGAUCAGCCACGAUGUCUGACUUUGAGUUGGUUGGAAUGAUUUCGCUCUUGGAUCCUCCUCGUCCAGACUCAGCCGAGACCAUCGCGGCCUGCAACCGGCUGGGUGUAGAUGUCAAGAUGAUCACGGGCGACCAACAGAUCAUUGCCAGGGAAGUUGCAGCUCGCCUAGGAAUGGGCCGAGUUAUCCUGGAUGCCGGCCAUCUUGUGGAUCCCAGCAAGACCGAAGAAGAAGUUACAGAACACUGUCAAAGGGCAGACGGUUUUGCGCAGGUCAUUCCGGAACACAAGUAUCGCGUGGUCGAGCUGUUGCAGAACAAGGGUCUGUUGGUAGGCAUGACAGGCGAUGGCGUAAACGAUGCCCCGGCACUCAAGAAAGCCAAUGUUGGGAUUGCAGUUGAAGGCUGCACAGACGCAGCCCGGUCAGCGGCCGACAUUGUUCUCUUGGCACCUGGAUUGUCUACGAUUACGGAUGGUAUCAUUACUUCCCGCGCAAUCUUCCAGAGACUGCGGUCCUAUGCGCUCUAUCGUAUCACAUCCACUAUACAUUUCUUGCUCUUUAUGUUCAUUAUCACCCUAGUCGAAGGCUGGAGAAUGCCGGCCGUUCUGUUGAUUAUGAUUUGUGUUUUGAACGAUGCUGCUACACUUGUGAUCGCUGUGGACAAUACGGAGAUCUCUGAACGGCCUGAUAAAUGGAGAAUUGGUCAGCUCAUGACCCUGUCUAUUGUGUUAGCUGUGUUGCUAGCUGGGUUGUCGUUUGCUACGUUCUAUGUAGCUCGGGACGUAUUCCAUGUCACACCUAAUGAACUUCACUCUAUUAUGUACCUUCAUAUAUCAUCUGCGCCCCAUUUUGUGAUAUUCUCAACACGCGUGCCUGGGUUUUGGUGGGAGAAUAUGCCACAUUGGUUGUUUUUUGUCUGUAUUAUCGGUACCCAGAUCAUUGCCUUGUUUUUCUCUGUGUAUGGUGUGUUUGGUGAGGCAGAGGGAGUGGCGCCGUGUGGAUAUGGAUGGGGCCUGUCUGUGCUUGGAAUCUCGCUCGUGUACUUUAUGAUUCUCGAUGUCGUCAAGGUGUAUAUCUUUAGGUUCUGGACAUUUGAGCUGACGGCAAAGCUGGUGCCGACUCAAGCCAGACUAGCCAAAUUGACCAAACGCAAGGCUGAUGCAGAAAAGGAAAAGCAUGUGGCUGCACUAUGGGGAAAGAUGGGACGGGCAAUUGAAGCACAUACAAUUGUAACUGCUUUCCAGAAUCUUGAUCAAGAAAAGAUACUAGGAUAA